AUGUCCAGGAAUUCGCCAUCAGAGGCUGAGGUAGUGGAUUCAGUCACCAGCGUCAACCCGCGUGGCGAUAGCGAUAUACAAAGCACCUCGAUGAACGUAGGAGAUGAUUUGCCUUCUGUCCAUCAGACCUCGGCGUGCAAAUGCCAGCCUGAAACGGACACCACCAAGAACAUAAUUAUAUGCAUCGAUGGGACUGCAAGCCGACUUGGGCUUGAGCGUACCGCAGUCCUUGAUCUCUACAGACACAUCAAAAAGAAUGGUCACGAAGAACGACAGAUUGCGUUCUAUCACAAUGGCAUGGGCACUGUACCGGCUCUACCAUCCUGGCGCUCGUUUGAAUAUUGGAAACAAAUAUUGAACAGCAAGAUAGAUCUGGCCAUUGGCUGGGAUUUUCAUAAAACCAUCCAACAGGCUUACAUCUGGUUGUCUAAUAACUACGUGGACGGAGACCGUGUAUACUUAUUUGGUUUCUCACGAGGUGCAUAUCAAGUUCGAGUGCUUGCGGCAAUAAUCGCAUCACUUGGAGUCCCCUUCCCAAAUAACGAGGCACAAGUGCCGAUCGCAUACCAGCUCUAUAUCAACAUGCAUGCGAAGCAUCAACCAGAUGCAAUGAUUUUGACGACCCUCUUCAAAGAAACGUUCGCCUCCAGGACUGUACCAGUGCACUUCUUGGGGGCCUGGGAUUCCGUGUCCUCGAUUGGAUUACGGGCAAACGGCCCACCAAUCGCUCCUGACUCUAUGAAUAACAUCUGUUUUUUCCGUCACGCUCUUGCAUUAGAUGAGCGUCGAGUCAAAUUUAUGCCAACGUACGCGCAAGGGCCUUACCCACGAGCAGACCAUGCACGCUCAAUGCAGAUCAAAGAAGUUUGGUUUCCAGGAACCCACAGAGACAUGGGGAUCAGAACACCGGACAACCUUCUUGCAGAUUUGUCUUUUCGCUGGAUGCACAGCGAAGCCGCGCAUUGUGGCCUGCGUUUGCAGUGGAUCGACCCUAUCGAGGGCCCCCUGGCAUUGCCUGAGGAUUCGAUGAAGCAUAUGUGGAGGUUGAUGGAGCUCCUUCCAAUCCGACGCCUGGCAUAUAAAGGUGAUAAGACAACAUUGAUACCAAACUAUGCACGAGGCCGACCUGUAUUUCCCGGGCAGAUGAUCCACUCCCGUGUGGCUGACAUGGGCCCCAUGUAUGAUCCGCGAGCACAAGGUUUAGAUAUAGCUCGAAUCCGCGACAAAAGGAGAACAGCAGCAAUUGAUGAAUUAUGGGACUCAAGUGACUUGAUGCGUGUUCGAUCUUAAUAUGGUUUUUCAAAGCUCAUCCGUCAGGAAUCGUCGAGAAUUCAUGACCUUGUAAACUUCUACAUGAUGCAUCUAUUCCGUCUAACUUCCGCCCCGCUCCUGGGUACGCAAUUUCUCUGAUUCAGAAUUAUUCUCGUAUCCAGGAUGUCGAUAACACGAUUGUUUUUGUCCGUAUGAGCUUCGGGAGCAAAAGAAUAGCAACAUAGCAAAACAUAGCAAGUGAUAGCGUGCGCGAAUACCAAUGUACAGUUUACGGGUGCGUUACCCUCCGUCGGUGAGGAGUAAAACAGAACAUGAAUCAGGACAGACUAUAACGAGGCGAGAAGAGAUUGGACCCAUGGAUUUCCAUCAAUGCGUGGCUGAAUCUCAGCGAAGCACGUUUUGAGUUCUUCUAACUGGGCUUGUGGUGACAGUUCAUCGGACAUGAUUACAUCCUCGCCGUCGUCCAUGGAUGAAGACGAAGUACGUGAAGCCCAGGUCUUAAGUAGAUCUUCAACUAUCUUGAUGCCUUCUUCUGUGACCUCUGGUGAGAAAUCUCCAUCUUUUGACGACUCAUCGACUUUGAAGUCCUCAAGCUCAUCGGCCGUGCGCCGCGCAAGCUUGACUACGGAUUCCGGGAAAUUAGCCAGCUCCGCCACAUGAAUACCGAAACUUUGAUCGCUGACACCGGGUUCGACUUUGUACAGCAACGUGAUGUCCUUCUCUUUCGAUGUCUCGGAAGAGUCGG